GCUGGAACCGGGGAGCGGCGGCGCGGAGCCCGGCACAGGGCCGAAGCGUGGGGUGAUGAGGACUGUCCUCUGCUGACCUCCAUGCAGACGACCAGUGAUGGCCACAGCAUCAUCUAUACAUUUGUUGGAUGACAUAUUAAACGCAGAACAGCAACAACAGCAACAAGAGCAGCAGCAGCAGCAAGUCCUGAGCUCCCUGGAGAAGAUUGUGCUCACCAUCUUCCUUUCCAUCAUCAUCAUUAUGACGGUUUUCGGCAACCUGCUGGUCAUGGUGGCGCUCUGCAAGGACAGACAUCUGCGGAAAAAGAAAACAAACUACUUCAUAGUGUCGCUGGCUUUUGCCGACCUGCUCGUCGCCGUGGUUGUGAUGCCGUUUGCGGCCAUAGAACUGACCACUGGUCAGUGGCGAUAUGGGGCGAUCUUCUGUCUGGUCCGAACAUCUUUGGACGUCCUGUUGACUACAGCAUCUAUCCUGCACCUCUGCUGUAUAGCGCUGGACAGGUAUUAUGCAAUCUGCUGCCAGCCACUGGUCUACAGACACAAAAUGACCCCAGUCAGAGUGGCAGUGAUGCUGGGAGGCUGCUGGCUCAUCCCUUUCUUCAUCUCCUUCCUACCCAUCAUGCAAAGCUGGAACGCCAUUGGCAUUGAGGACAUAAUCGAAGAGAGGCGCGUGUCCACAGGCAGCUCCAAUGACACCAGCUGCGUGUUUCUCGUCAACCGGCCAUACGCGCUCAUCUGCUCCGCUGUGGCCUUCUACGUCCCGCUGGCCCUCAUGGUCCUGGCCUACCAGCGGAUCUACGUCACCGCCAUGUCCCACGCACGGCAGAUCGAGACGCUUCAGCGCGCCGGCUCUGCCCCCGUUCCCGGUGCCGGCCCUAUCACAGGGGCCACAAGCACACGAUCCUCGACGGCCUCGGAUCACUCGGAGCACUACCGCCUCAGGUCGGCAGCGGGCUCCUCUUCCUCCUCGGAGCCAGCUCCAGUGACCACGAGCCGCAUGCGCGUGGAGACCAAGGCGGCAAAGACGCUGGCUGUUAUUAUGGGGUGUUUCUGCCUGUGCUGGGCACCGUUCUUCAUCACUAACGUGGUGGACCCGUUCAUCCACUACUCUGUGCCCUGGCAGCUGUGGACGGCCUGGCUGUGGCUCGGCUACAUUAACUCAGGGCUCAACCCCUUCCUGUACGCCUUCCUGAACCGGGCGUUUCGGAGGGCGUUUCUGGUGAUACUGUGCUGUGGCGAUGAGAGGUACGUGCGGCAGAGCAGCCUCUCUCAUGGACACACCCACAGAGCUUGCUCGGCGGCAUCGGUCAACGGGACGUCUAUGGCGCUGAGAUUGUCCUUCCUGCCGAACCGGAGCUACAGUGACAACGGACGCAGGAUACUGGCCACCGAACAGGAGUCCCAGGACUCUCUUGGACCACUAUGAGGGCGACUGCGCAGCAGCAGUGCUGUGAUGAUGUCACCUCUGAAACGGCAUCGCUCAAUGACUGCUCAGGGUGGCAGAGCUACAAAAACAUCAGCUGACAUUCACUGAAUUACAAGGAUGUUGUUUUUGAGACAAAACUGUUGUCGUGGCCCCUGCGAUGUUGUGUAUACUAUUAUUUGAUCUGAAUGGUCAUCUUAUGAUGAUGCUAUCUUACCUGGACAUUCACUUUUUGAUAUGGCAAUUAUGUGACUUUUUUUUUUUUUUUUUUUUAAAUAUAUAUAUGGCGAUGCUAUUAAAUAUAAGCCAAAUGUGAGAGGCAGUGUUUCUGGUGUAGAAAGCCAAAGGAAAGAGGUCAAAGUCAACUCCUCCGGGACUUACAGGAACAAGCUGAGACUUUCCUGAAGCCGGUACAUGUUUAUGAAGACAGUCUUUUUUUUUUUUUUUUUUUUUUUUUUUUUUUACCAUCUCUACCUGUUGAUUUGAAGGUGACAGGGUGGGCUAGCCCCACCUACAACAGAGACUCUGACUAACAACAUGGGGCAAGAGUGAGGUCUCUUCUGCUUCUUACCCUCUUUGGUGACUCUCCACUGUAUCUCAGUAUUGGUUUUGGCAGCUCUUGAUGCCAUAUUGUGAAGGUAAAGGACUACUGCAGUGUUGGUGGAAGCUGGCCUUAUUUUCCAGACAGGGGGGGCGCUCCCUUAUUAAGUUGUUGUUGUUUUGAUUUUUCACUUUUAUAUAGAAUAAAUAUUUAAGAUGGCCUGCAUUUUGUGUAACUUUCCAAACUUUUGAAAGCA